GGCGGGGUCGGGGGCAGCUCCCGGUAAAUCGCGGCGCCGGCGGCAGCUCCCGGUGACUUGUGGAGGAGGCUGUUCCGCCGAGCGGAGCCGGGGUUUUGCUGUGUGGGGGUCACCGUGGAGCGGCGGCUCCAGCCCGGUUUGCGCGCCCCGGCGGGGCCGGCGGCUCCGGACCGUCCUUACCGGCAGCACCGCGUCCUGGUGAGAACCGGGGGAAGCACCGAGAAACGUCCCCGUCCCACCUGGGAGGGAACGGCUCGUCUUCAUUUGCCCGCCCGGGGCCGGUCCUGCACCGGAGGCUGCCAUGUAUCCCAGGAUUAAAAGCUUUGUGCUUUACACCUUCUCAGUCACGCUGCUGGCCUGUGUGUUCUACAUGAAGAAGGAGGCGAAGUUGGCAGCAUCAUCAGCAGAGCAGAAAGUGGAUGUAGCAGAUCACAGACUGCUGCCUUCGGUUCUGGACAGCGCUGGGCACAGCAAGUGUUUGCCGAACUUGACCUUUGCCAAUUCUUCUCUCACCCUCCCGGAGCCUCACCGUGUGUUCUUAACCUACAAGCACUGCAGGAACUUCUCAGUCCUGCUGAGGCCUUCCAAGUGUAGCAAAGAGAUGUUCCUCCUGCUGGCCAUCAAGUCUUCCCCCAUCAAUGUGGAGCGGCGCGUGGCCAUCAGGAAUACAUGGGGGAAGGAGGUCUCCAUCGGGGGCAGGCGCAUCAGGCUGGUGUUCCUCCUAGGGCGCUCCGAGGCCAAAAUCCAGGUGCAGCCCCUGCACCAGCUGCUGGCUUACGAGAGCCAGGAGUUUGAUGACAUCUUGCAGUGGGAUUUUGUUGACGACUUUUUCAACCUGACCCUCAAGGAGCUGCAUUUCCUCCGCUGGUUCACGGAGGACUGCCUGCACGCCAGGUUCGUGCUGAAGGGUGAUGAUGAUGUGUUUGUCAACACUUACAACAUCGUUGAGUUCCUCAGGGAGCUGGACCCUGAACGGGAUCUCUUUGUUGGGGACGUGAUCGCCAAUGCCCGGCCCAUCAGGAACACCAAGGUCAAAUACUUUAUUCCAGAGCCCAUGUAUGGAGCCACCUUCUAUCCUCUCUAUGCGGGAGGAGGGGGCUAUGUGAUGUCUAGGCAGACAGUACAUCGCCUCCAGAGCACCGCAGAGGACACGGAGCUCUUCCCCAUAGAUGAUGUGUUUGUGGGAAUGUGUCUGGCAAAGAUGUCAGUGACCCCAAAGAACCACGCUGGCUUUAAGACUUUCGGGAUCCAGAGACCUUUCAAUCCUUUUGAUCCGUGCUUGUACAAAGAGCUGAUGGUUGUGCACAGACUGAACCCAACGGAGAUGUGGAUCAUGUGGACGCUGGUGAAGGAUGACAGCAUUAAGUGUGCAGUGUCGGUGACACACAGCUACAGGAGGGGCUGGAAAAGGAGCUACUGAUGAGCCCAGCAGGAUUGUGGCUGGUGACAGGGUACCUAAACUAAAAAUCAGGUUGUGGUAGAAACGUGUCCAUUACUAACAGACUGCACUGGAGCCGUCAGAGUUUGCUUUGCAGUGAGUGUUUUUCUGUCGGGGGUUACUUGAAGCAGUUGAAUUGGCACGGGGUGGGGGUGUGGCUGCGUGAGACAUGGCACCGGGGACUCGGCUCCUCCCGGCUAGAUUGUGCCAGGGGAAGUCACAAGUGCCACCUGCACUGGUGUCUGACCACCAGCCGAAGUCAGUCUCAUGUGGGGCAGCCAGCGAUGACUAAUGAGUGACAGAGCAUUUGAAAUGUACUUGAAGGGGUGGAAGAAAGGCCAGUAUGUCCUGCUGGGUCUGCUGUCCCAGGGCGGCAACCCCACAGCUCCUACUAGACAGCAGGAGAAAGGGAGUGGAGUGGGGACGGAAAAGCUUCAAAAAGAUACGGCCUUAACACAGCAAUGAUGAUGAUCUGAAGGACUGGGCUCUGCCUCCAGCCCUUUGCCUUUUACAGAAGUUCACUACAGGCUUACAUGCACUGGACACUUUUGCACAAACACUUUCUGAUCUGGCUUGAGAGGAGCAAUGUGUCUUUGAGUAAUCACGGUAGGAAGAGUGGCUGUAGCUUCCCAUGUUGUGUGGGAGGUGUUUGGUUUGUUGUUGUUGUUGUUGUUGUAAUGUUGUGUAUAAAUAAAAUAGUUUUGAAAAGUA